UCAGAAUCAUUUCAUAUACAGAUCAUGUUCACUGCAUCUGUAAGUGGGGCAAUUGAUAAAAGAUAAUACCCCUGUUGUUGGCUUUCUUGAUAAUCCACCCUCAAACAAAAAGUAUGUGAUGUUCACGUAAGAAAUGAGGUGGACUCAAUUACUGUACAGCAGCAUUAUAUACCACAAAAGGACCUCCUUCCGAUUCUAUUAUGCCUGUUGUGGUAAAGCAAAUAACUGACCUGGCCUAAUGCCCAAUGUUUACACAAUUGACAUGACUACACAAGAUGGCGGCAGUAAGUUGGGAUAAAACUGCUUGAGACAUGCAAGACUGAAAAACGACUGUUUGCGGUCCUGAACGCAUCUCCAGCGAUUUACGUCAGUUCAUUAGACAUCCAAAAGCAAUUUUCGUCACAAAUUGUUGUGUCAAGCCAGUAUACUUAUGCGAACGUUUUGCUUGAGGCUGUGAAACAAGAACCAGGGACCGGAGGAAUGCGAUUUCAUCAGGUGCACCAUGAUGAAGCAUUUCUUUAAAUGCCAAGGCUCUAGGAGGAAUAACCUGAAGCAAAAUUAAAGGGUUUAGAGUCAGUAGACGAUAACAAAAUAAUCUGGAUAUUACCGAAUCUCUGUAAAAUGUGUUCGCCAGAUAUUUCAAGCUAACAGAACUAUCACCAUGGCAGGGGAUGUACGGGAACUGACUUUCCAAAAUGUUCUGGACAAUAUUUUGAAGCCCGCUGGUGUUAAGGUGGGCGGGUUUCCGGAUGAGAUCUUCCUUGAUAUGAGCGAAGAAGACAGGGAAAAAUGGCAGUGCAACAUUUGUUAUCUCGUAGCCAACCGCUGCAAGCAAUGCCAAAACAAACACCUGUUUUGCGGAACCUGUAUCUUUGCCUGGUCUAUGACAUACGGUGCAAACAGCGACAAAUGCCCAGUAUGCCGCGUAGUUCAAACAGAUUAUGCUGACAACAAAGAAAUAGACAAGCAACUGGGGGAUAAAAAAGUAAAGUGUCACGAGGCGACAUGUUCAUUCUCAGCGCCGUUGAAAAUAUUCUUGCUCCACAGUCACGGGAGACAGCAGUUUAAUAAUGAUGAUGUAGACUGGGCGAGUUUGCGGUCUCAGAGGCCGUCACCCCCAAGGGCGGUUGGCCUGCAGUUCCCUUCGCUAGGUGGUCUUAUUGUUUUACCAACGUUGGGGCCCGGACCUAGACAGCAAGUGACUGACGUUAGAGAUCAGAUCAGACAAGGCCGAGAACUUUUACAACAAAUGAUGACGCUCCUUCAGCUAGAGAUGGCGAUGCGCAGCCGUGCCCUGCAACGCUUCUCCGAAGCUGCUGAUCCCAACGUCAGAAUGCAGCGACUGGACGAAGUGAUCUCCAUGAACGAACAAAUGGACGAGUUGGGAUCCUUAUUCCACGUAUUGCUCAGCACACCUGUGAGACCAGGAACUCUAACCAGUAGAAACACCGGUGCUGGAGGAAAUAGUGGGCCAUCUCCCCGCGGGGCGGCCGCUGUCACCGCCCGAUAUGGUCGCUUUGAUGCGCUCGAGAGUGAUAGCGACUCCGACUCGGACGCUUCAAGCGAUUCGUCGGGGAUCGUUUCCCGCAUUCGACUGCAGGCAGAAACUAGGCGCUACGAUCAAACAGCAAACGGCCCAGGAGUCACUCCCGCCGCCCGAAACACCGGUGCAUCUCUGUCCUCCUCCCACAAUGGUGCAGGUUCUAACAGUGGGUGGGGCGCCGAGGCGGCGACUUACUAUGGCAAUAUCGCGUCUCAUGAAGAAUUACGGGCACGACGUAGGAGUGAAAUAAGGGAGGAACUUUUAGGCACUUCUACGCCACGGGCAUCAACAAACAAUCCUUCAACAACAUCCAGUACUUCUAGGCCCACUGGUGAGAGACUAACCUCACUGCGACGGGAGACAGAAGCGCCGAGAGCUUUAUCUCAAGUUAGAGAUGCGCCUGUGGAAAUUCGACCGUCCCUAAAUAACACAGCGUCAAGCCAAGUGUCGUCCACAGCCAACGCUGGAAUAAGCUCAAAUAUCCGAGGCUCAGUCAGUCUUUCAAAUUCUAUCAAUCACACGGCGACCAACAGAAGCAAUCCAUCUGCUACCAGUGAAUCUCAAGCCCUUAGUCGGACAGCCAAUGCCACAGGCCAAACAGAACAACGAUCAUCAUCAUCUCCAAGACAAAUUCAACCGACAUCUCAGUCGCCAAGGCAGUUGCCUUCAUUGUCACAAUCGGACAGUCCCCGCUCGGAUACCAACGCCAACACAACCUCAAACAGAUCUAUUAUCCCAUCGGGUAGCCGUGAACAUCAAGCCGCCGCCGACGAGGUGAUUUCUCCAAGACCCCCAUUACCUGUCAGGCAGCGUAUUCUUAGAAACAGUAUUAAUGAGUCUUCAAACGCGGGCAAUGCCUCUCGCGAAGGCAAUUCUUCAAAUGGAGUCUCAAAUUCAGUGGCUCGACAAAGCACUGGGGCUAUUAGAAAUACUGAAAAUUCUGACAGUUUUGCUCCAAAUCUAAGCGCAAACCUAGAGACAAGUUCCGCGGCAGUUCCAGGUACAUCGCAGGAAAGCGGCAAUGUCGCAACCGUGACCAGUAACGGCGCAAGUCCCAGAAGAGCAACAAAAUACGCCCCACAAAAACGUUUCAGGAGAAAUACCAACAGUAAUGAUCGCAUAAACGAAGGACUAGCGGCUGCUAGACGUAGGCAGGCAGAGAGCCUGGAAAGAAAUUCCAAUAAUGCGACUGGAACUACUAGUAACCGUCCCACGAACGGCGGACAGCGAAAUGGAGAGAACGCUGGCACGCGCGGAAGAAAUCCACGAAUACGCGACCAAGCCGAUCAAAACACACGUGUGGCUGACUAUCACUCCAAUUUUAAUAACAGUGCAACCAACUCUAGAACAGAAACUAACCACGCCCAUCAAAGAUCUCAUACCCCAAGCCGUUCGAGCUCAAACGCCAAUGGCAAUUCAAGCCGGCUGCCUGGUACUGCAGGGCAGCUUCUACGCUCUCGCAGACGAAGCGAAAUAGCUGAAGAAAUGAUGAAUCUCGGCAGGCGUUAGGAUGCUAAUUGCAUUAAAAUGAAAAAUGUUUUUUUUUGUGUGUGUAUAUAGUAAUGCUACAUUCCAUUUGUAGAACAAUUUCUUUUUUUUUCCCCAGGUGCCAAUGAAUUUGCCAUAAUCAUACGGCAAUUUUGAAGUCGAGCAUGACUAUAGAGAAAUGCUAUUUUAUUUUGUAUGUUCACCCAUUUUAAUGAACUAAGCUAAUAUGUAAAUCGCCUUUGAUGCAUCAGAAAUUGAAAACCUUUCCUAGUGAUUUUGAUACCAAAACAUUCCCAGUUACUGUAAAGAUUCUUCGGGUGCUGUUGACAUUUAAAGUGUGACAAGGCCCGUUUCGAUUUCCUUAGAUAGCAUGUUUGAAGGUAGGCUUUUUGUACUUGCUUUUAUCCUAAAUUACUCUUGAUAACUUUUGAGAGUAACGUAUCUUAAACUUAUUGACAGCAAUCUCUAUACGUUUACGAGAAAUAAUAGAGUAUGGCAGUGAAUUUGAACUUUAAAACUGUGAAUACACGUUAAAUAAACUUUAAUUCAUUGACAAUUUCAGAACUAUUAUUUAUUGAAAACUGUACUAAAUUCUUAGUACAUGUACAACGUAUCAACGAAACAAGCUGAGGGCAAACAUGCGUGUUAAAAAAAACUUACGUUUUGAUUUAGCAAUAAAGUGUGCUUGUUUAUAAAAAAAAUCUCAUUUUUAACAAUACAUUUUAUCUUCAUGAAAUAUAAAUAUUAAAUUGAUACAUUACUAUCUAUAUUCUGUAACACAUUUUUGUAUCACUGCUAGUUACAGUUCAGUGAGCGGCUAUAUGAUGCAGUCACCAUGAAAAUGACAGAUAAAAGUUUCAGACAGCAAACUUUAUAAUACAACAUUGAAGUAUUCGAUUUUGAAAAAGGUUCACUGGC